AGAGUAACAUGAACAGGUUGGUUACAUUACAGGUGUGACAAUUAAAUUGAAAUGGAGCUAUUAAUAUACGCAUGAAACUUAAAUAAAAGGAGAAAAUAUCUGGUUCGGGAAAUACAAAAAGAACACAUGCAAUGAUUAUCUUGUGUAUAAGACAAGUGUGACUACAGCGUGAAAGAGACAUGGGUACCGCUUCUACAUGACGAGUUUGCGUGAUUUACCACUAUGUACAAACAUAAUCAAACUGAAGUGAGAAAACUUCCGUCAGUUUUACGGCCAUGAAAACAAAGGACAAUUACAAAAGUUACACUUUACGUCGCGAAGGUAUGGUUUACGACAGCAGUCUCACGUCAGCAAAGCGACGUUAUAUCGAGUCAUGGCGUCAAAGUGUUAGCGUUUUCAUGGAAGCUGGCAACAUCUGUAAAGUAACAGUUGGUGACGUCACGCCUGAGCCGAAGGACGUCAGUAAAUGGCCAAAUAUUGAGCCUACUAGACCAUCUCGGAUAGAACACAGUCCUGCGCAAGAAAUGGCGAGUCCCACACUUCCGGCGGUAAAAUUUUCGUACAGUCACGUGCCGGAUGACGUCAUCAGACAACAUCAAAGACAAGAAAAGUGUUUGCAUCGUGUGCAGACGGACUCGCGUUCAACGCUUCCGCCUUCUCCUAACGGGUUCGCAGUUCAAAAUGGACAUGAUCUUCAGCAAUCUUACAAGAGGCGGACAUCCGCCAUGCGAGCGACAAGCAGUACUGUCAAAAUGGAGCUACCGGAUGUCGUCCAAGAUACAAAAGAUGUCACCACAAAAAGUUCUAAACUUGCGAGAGAAAUAUAUGAAAAAUAUAAUAUGAAAAACAAAUCACAUAAUUUAUUAACUCCUGGUAAGAAUACGCAAAACGGUAUUGAACAUUAUUCGAUGCCAUGGCGAAACAAAACAUUUCUUACACUUCCGCUUCGUUUCAACGGCACAGCCAAUAGUGGCCUUACCCGUUUCGGAAGAGAAAAGACAAACAUAACCGAGCUCAGAUCGGACACCAGCGAUUUGGACGAAAACUUCCGCUUUGAGAAGGAUUGGGAAGAUGGCCGCCACUGGUAAACAGCGACAGCCACUUCUGAAUUGUUGGUACAAACUAUAAAGUUUUGAUUAGCGUCCUUUCGUGGUUUAUUUCGGUUGCCGUUCAUACGGUGUUAUAUUGAACAGAAUAUGGUAAACGAUGGACACCAAUUGUUAUAAGUCGUUUUCACCGCGUGGACGUUUCAUGUUUCUUGCCAUACAUUUGUCACCCAUGGUGCAUUUACGUCUGUACUUGCUCAACAUUUAGUAAUGUCACACAUGUUGUCAUAUACACUAAACAACUGAUAUAAUUUGUCAGCUUUCGAAUUCCAACAGUUUUGAAAAUGCGUGUAAGAAACCGCAUCGAACGUCAUGAACAAAAUGGCGUGCAUGUUCUAGAGAAAACGCACUGUUAUGAUUGUUUAGCAUGUUCUUAUCACAGAUACAUGAUGUAGUUACCCCCUUUCUAUUAAUGGCGUAUUUGUUCAUUCUACAGCCAUGGACUAGAGGUAUCGCUUUAUGUGAAGGUUUAAAUUAAGGCGGCCUCAAUAUUCAUUACGUUACUGUGCUAUUUUAAUUUGAAAAUAGUGGAACAGUUAAAGUAUUUGAUUUGAUUGUAUCAAUGAAUUCAACAGGUUUCUUCUUCCCAAUGCUUUAACUGUGUUUUGUACCAUGGCUAAUUUGUACGUUUGAUUCAACUCUAUAUUUCCCCAUUUUUUGUGGGUUAUCGUUUUAUCUUCACUAAUUCUCUGGUGAUUUUAACAAUACCAUCAUGAGACGUUAGCAUGAUGUUAAACGGGCAUUGCGUAAUAGUUACUGCACUCGCAACCCGAGUAUUUAAAACUAUUCACAUGUGUUUCGAUGGUAGUGGGUGAAGUAACUGUUAUCAUGGGCAACGUCAAUUAACUGACGUGCGCAUACGUGAAUGACGUUGUAAUUUAUCCGCACGAUAGUUAUGGAACGGUUAAGCUCCGCCUACUUGUUGCCGUUUCGCUUGUGGGUUAAUGGGGGUUAAUGUACAUACAAAAAAAAGAACACAAACUCCAACACGGUACAAUCAUACAUACAUGAAUAAUAAUCUCAAAUAUAUGUUUUCGUCAUUAUAUUUAAAGAAAAAGAAACGGUUAUGAGACCAAUAAGAGAUGUAAUUCAGUGUAUAGAUAAUGUUCAAAUGUUGUAUCAAUGUUGUCUGUUCUGUUACAGACAUCUCAUGCAUUGUCCUUGUUAUGUGUUACUCAUACCUGUCUACCAUUUUAUUUAUUUUAUUUAUUCAACGAAAUGUGUAUACAUUGUUGGUUGUUAAAAGUUUAAUGUUAAAAAAUAUCAUGUGCACAACAUCUAUUGCACACGACAAAGUCGUGUAUAUAGUGUAAAACAUUGCAAAUAAAUACCACUUAUUGUU